GACAUAUAUACACAAUGUUAGAGACCUAGAGUAUCACGGUUCUUUCUUUCUUAAUUUAUAAGUAUUUAUCAAUAUUUAUAUAGUUGGGAUCAAUUAAUGAUUGCUCUUCGUCUAUAAAAGGAGAGAUUGCUUUAAAUGAUGAUAUAAGAACAUAAUUUGAUUUAAAGAAGAAGAAAAAAAAUGGGGUUGGAAAAUUAUAAGCCCAUAAUAGUAAUGGUUGGGUGCCAAUUCAUAUAUGCAGGAGUUACUCUAAGUGGGAGAGAAGCUCUUUUGCAGGAUUUUAGCUCAAGAGUUUUUGUUGUUUACAGGCAAACUACUGCUUUCUUGCUCAUUGCUCCUUUUGCUUAUUUCUCAAGGAGAGGAACAAAGAGGUGUGAAGCCAUGAACUGGAAGAGCUUCUGCUUGAUAGCUUUGCUGUCUUUGAUUGGUGUGACAAUUAACCAGAAUGUAUAUUUCGAGGGAUUAUACUUAGCCUCAUCCUCAGCAGCUAGCGCUUUGAGCAAUUUGGUGCCUGCCAUCACCUUCACUAUCGCCUAUUUCUUGAGGUUGGAAAAAGUUAAUCUUGAAAACGUGAGAAGUUGGGCUAAGAUUAUGGGAACAGUUUUGUGUGUAAGCGGCGCCGUUUUAAUGGCACUAUUAAAAGGUCCAAAACUGCUCAACUUGGAAUUCUUGCCAACAAAUUCCAUUUUCUUGCAAAUGGUUGCACAGCAUGACACGUGGAUCAUCGGCUGUUUAUUUCUGCUUGCAAGCGCAUUUUGCUGGUCACUUUGGCUUAUUUUGCAGGUGCAUGUCACAGCUUGCUAUCCAGAUCAUCUGUCGUUAACAGCAUGGAUGUGCUUAAUCGCAGCCGUCCAAUCUGCGAUCUUGACAUUCAUCAUCGAGCCUGAUUUGGACACGUGGAAACUCACCUCCCCCUUCCAACUCUAUUGCUGCUUCUACGCGGGUUUGGCAUCAGCGGUGACUUUCUUUGCUCAAGCAUGGUGCAUAGCAAGGCGUGGGCCCCUCUUUUCCGCCAUGUUCAAUCCGCUGUGUACAGUCAUCGUCACCAUUUUCGCCUGUAUUUUCAUGCAUGAAGAGUUGUACGCCGGAAGCCUGAGUGGUGGAUUGGCGGUGAUAAUUGGAUUAUAUAUGGUGCUGUGGGGAAAAGCAAAAGACCAUGAAGAAAUGAAGGAGGAAGAGACGAUGAAGCAGCAGAAUAAUAUCAAUGGUGAAAAUGAAAAUGCGAGCACCACAGUUGAUUUGGAACAGCCCCUUUUGUCUGAAAAAUGAAGAGAUGGAUCUAGGAUUUUGAGACAAGGGACUGUGAUUGUAUUAGAAUUAAUUAGAUGCUCGAUGAUGACGAUGAUGAUAAUGAUAAUGAUAAUGAUAAUUGAUAUACUCCAUCCGUCUCACUAGAAUAAGCUCACUUUUUUUUGAUACAGAAAUUAAAGAACUUACUUUUGAGGA